AUGUAUUUAGCAGAUACUUUGUCCCGAACCUAUCUGUCAACCACCGAUCGCUCCCCGACUGAAAAAGAGGUUGAGCGUAUCCAUGCUGUCGAUUUCUUAGCCAUCUCAGGACCCCAACUUGCAGAGAUCCAGCAAGAAAGAGCAGCCGACCCUGUCCUACAGUCCCUCACACAAGUUAUCCUAAAGGGCUGGCCAAGGAAGAAAGAUGAUCUGCCAAUAGAAAUGCACCCCUACUUUGAUGUCCGAGAUGAACUGACAGCCCAUUAUGGAGUUCUCUUCAAAGGUCUUCGAUGCCUGAUUCCAUCAAGUCUCAGACCUAAAAUCCGUGCUCGUUUACAUGGUGCACACUCUGGUAUUGAAAGCUGCCUUCGCAGAGCUGGAGAAGUCGUCUAUUGGCCGGGAAUGCCUGCUGAAAUUAAAGAUUACAUCUCCAAGUGUGAGAUUUGUGCCACCUACAACAAAGAACAGCCCAAAGAACCCCUAAUCUCUCAUGAGAUCCCAAGCCGUCCCUGGGAAACAGUUUAA